UUUAUGUUUGCAGUGUGGUCCGUCGUAAAUUAAAAUUUGUUUUGUGGUUUCUCUUAUUAAAUUUAAUAAAUAAUUGAAAAAUAAAUGGCUUCUUUAUCAUCUAAUAGGAUGAUAAACAAGAGACAUAAGUGGUGUUUUUCGUUUGCCACUAGAACAAAAGCAGAACGCCAAGGAGAACUGCCUGCACCUCCUGGCUAUAGCUCAUCAUUAGGACAAGUUCAUGCUGACUCAUGUCGAGAAACUGAUGCUAAUUUAAUUGUGAAAAAAUCAUGGGAUAUUGCCUUGGCUCCUUUGAAACAAAUACCCAUGAACUUAUUUAUUAUGUAUAUGGCUGGCAAUUCCAUUUCUAUUUUCCCAAUCAUGAUGAUUGGAAUGCUGUUCUUGAGGAUAGUAAAAGCACUUUUAACUAUCCAGUCUACAUUUAAACUGAUUGAAGGAGGUCAAGCAUUAUUACAAAAAGCUGUGUAUCUGUUUGGAAAUAUAGUAUGCUUAAGUUUAGCUUUGUACAAAUGUCAAUCCAUGGGACUUCUACCAACAUAUGCCUCUGACUGGUUAGAUUUUGUUCAGCCACAAGAGAGAAUGGAAUAUGGAGGUGGUGGUUUUAUACUAUGAUACAUUUUGAAGUGAUGAAAUUUUGCUCUUUCAUGUGUUAAACAUUAUCAUUUAUUGUAUAAAAUGUAGCAAUAAAUUGGUGGACAUUUU